AUGGCAUACUUUCCAAAUGGUGGACAAAUAAAUAUGUCUGGUGCAACGACUGAUUGGCGACUUCUUCUUAGCGAAGACGAAAGAAAGAUUAAUGUUGGUAGGCUUUAUAAAGGCCUAGAGCUUCUUAAUCAACCAGAUUUGUACCCCACGCAAAGAUUUCACGCAUCAAAAAAGUGGGAAAAUGAUUCUUAUAAUAGUGCAAAUUCCAAGGAUGAAUACAACCAACUGAUUGGAGCGAGGUUACGGGAGUUAACUAAUAAAAUAUCACGAAACGCUCACAUACGGCAGCAGCAACAGACACAAAGGAGUGCUACGCCAUCGCAACAACCUCAAGUCGCUCAACAACA